AGGCGCGCCGAGCGCAUCGCUCGAGGCGGAGGAGGCGCGAUGGCUCCGCAGCGGAGGGCGCUGCCCCGCGGCCCCGAGAGCGCCGGGCCGGGGCCGGGCCGCGGAGCCCGCCGGCACAGCAGCUCCAGGAAGGGCAGAUUCCAGCAGGAUCCCCGAGGAAAGUGGCUGAAAGCAGCGAUCCUCCUCCUCCUCUCCGCCGCGGCCGGCGGCGGCCUCGUGGUCUGGAGCCGCCUCCGCGGCCAGGAUGAGAUCCCUGAGGGUGGAAUCCCGGCAGAGGGGGUUCCCGAGGGUGGAAUCCCCUCGGAUGGGCUCACCGAGGUGCUGGCACAUCGCAGUGACACCCUGCAGCAGCGGUUCGUGGAGGUGCCCUGCUCGGAGGACUACGAGAGCCACAGGCGCUUUGCAGGUUGCACUCCUAGGAAGUGUGGAAGAGGUGUGACAGAUGCUGUAAUCACAAGGGAAGAAGCUGAAAGAAUUCGUAGAAUAGCAGAGAGGGGACUGUCCUUGGGAGGAUCUGAUGGAGGGGUGAGCAGUGUCCUGUUAUUUUCUACAUUCUUUUACUGCCAAGGCAAGAUUAUAAAUGCAUUUUUUGGGGCUGAGGCAUCAAUUUUGGACUUGCACUCUGGAGCUCUUUCCCUGGGGAAGCAUUUUGUUAAUCUGUACAGGUACUUUGGGGACAAAAUUCAAGACAUCUUCACAGAAGAGGAUUUUGCCUUAUACCGGGAUGUGAGGCAGAGGAUUCAGCAGAGGAUUGCUCAGGUGUUUGGUAUCAGCUCUUCUGCCUUGUACCUGACCAAGCCAACCUUCUUCUCCAGGAUGAACAGCACAGGAGCCAAGACAACACACGAUGAGUACUGGCACCCACACGUGGACAAGGUGACUUACGGCUCUUUUGACUACACUUCUCUGCUGUAUCUCUCUGACUACUCCAAGGACUUCGGGGGUGGACGCUUCGUGUUCAUGGACGCAGAUUCCAACAAGACCGUGGAGCCCCGAGCAGGCCGGGUGUCGUUUUUCACCUCGGGCUCAGAGAACCUGCACCGGGUGGAGCGGGUGCGCUGGGGCACGCGCUUCGCCAUCACCAUCUCCUUCAGCUGCGACCCGCAGCACGGCAUCGCCGACCCGCUCCUGCCCUGACUGCCCUGGGGGAGAGCAGAAAGGCAGAAACCAGCUCUUGUCACCUCACGUGCCAUGAGAGCUGCCCAGCUCUGGGAACACACUGUCACACGCUUGGUUUUCACAGCUCCUUUUCCAUCAGCAUCGAAAACGGUGGCUUAAGGACCAUCCUGAGUUUGAUGAACUCUGAAUAUGGUUUGUCUUCAUGUGUCAAAGGAACAGGCUGCAGAGAAGAGAGAACGGGUACCAUAAAUAAGAGAGAACAGGCUCCACAAAGAAGGGAGAAUGGGUACCAUAAAUAAGAGAAAACAGGCUCCACAAUGAAGAGAGGAUGGGCUCCACAAAGAAGAAACAAUGGGCUCCACAAAUAACCCAAAGAACAAUGGGUUCCACAAAGAAUGAACAAUGGGCUCCACAAAAAAGAGAAAGUGGGCUCUUCAUUUUUUAAUUUUUUUUUUAAAGUUCUUCACUUUGAAAGAUACAGUCUUCUGGGCCAUGCCUUGAUGUGACUCCCCAGGCUGCUGUUACCUGUUCAGUUCUUUAGUCUCCUCAUUACUAACGUGGUGUAGAGUCUGACCUAAGUGAAUUGAGCCUAAGUUAAUUGAGACCUGAGUUAAUCGAAUGUUCCUCUCUAGAACUCUCAACCUUCUGCUGAGAGGGAUGGAUUCUCCUGAGUGUGGGAUCAGUGUGGAAUACCCCUGGGACAUGAACUUUUUUAAAAAUUUAAUUACUACUGAUUCAAUAUUCAGGAAGUCUCUCAGUAGCUAUUUUUUGACUUCUCUUUUCCAGUUUAGUGUGAAGACUUUCUCUGUUAAUGAGGAUCCUGAAUAUUAAAUUGCAGGGACUUCCACGAGGAGCUGUGUGCAAACACAUGCAUAAUCUUGCCAAAUACUUUGGGUUUUUUUGCUGCAGUCAAAGAUUUCUUUGGGUCAGGAGGUUGAUAAAUAAAUGGUAGAAAAAACCUAAUUUUUUUUCUCAAUCAAAUUCUGAAAUAACCACGUUGAUCUGGUUUAUUACCUGGAUGUAUAAUUUCUGUGAAACACUGAAAAUCUGGGAAUGUGUUUUGAUUUUUUUUUAAAAUUUUAUGCAUACAGUUUGGACUUUAUAAUGUACCCUUUUAUGGAAAUAAUAAAUACUGGGGGGAAUUAUAUUGAAGAUCAAUAUAAAGAGGAAUAAGAGGACACUUGGACUUGUGAAGGCUCUCAUUGGGCACACCAGCAAGAUUAGUCCUCUAAUUUCAUUUCUUUGUUCUGAAGCUUGAAAAAGUCUUCCUUGUCUGUACUAACAAGGGAGAAUUGUUAAAUUGGCUGGAUGCAAGGAAAUAUUAAAGUCACUUGAGUUUCAGAUUGAAA